CGGAGCGGCGGCCGGGCCGGGGCCGGCGCGGCCAUGUCCCUGUGCCGGCGGGGGAUGAAGCGGAGCCCGGGAGAUGCCGAGGGCUGUUCCUUCCCGGCCGGGCCCGGCCUCAAGGUGUUCCUGCACUGGGACGGGCAGCAGGAGCGGGAACGCUGCCGGGUGUAUUCCCAGGGAUCCCUGAGCGCCGAGGAAAUCUGCAUCGACCUCGCCCGCGCCAUCGGAAUCAGCCCGCUCUGUUUCAGCCUCUUCGCCCUCUACGACCCCCAGGCCCGGCUGUGGCUCCCCCCCAACCACCAAUUCCAGGUGGGAAAAGACACCAACGUCCACCUGAUCUUCAGGAUGAGGUAUUAUUUCCGGAACUGGCACGGGAUGAACGAGCAGGAGCCGGCGGUUUAUCGGAAUGUGCCUCGUCCCGGGGAUUCCCUGGAGGAAAAAAACCCCAGGGGAGCUUUGCUGGACAAAUCCUCCUUUGAGUACCUGUUUGAGCAGGGCAAGUUCGAGUUCAUCCACGACGUGGCCUCCCUGAAGGAUCUGCGGAGCGAGCCCGAAAUCCAGAGGUUCAAGAACGAGAGUUUGGGAAUGGCCGUCCUUCACCUGUCCCACAUCGCCGUCACCAAGGGCAUUUCCCUGGAGGAAGUGGCCCGGAAGCACAGCUUCAAGGAGUGCCUCCCGCGCUCCUUCCAGCGGCAGCUGCGCGGGCAGGGCCCGGUGACGCGGCUGCGGCUCCGCCGCGUCUUCCGCCGCUUCCUGCGGCGCUUCCAGCGCGGCACGGUGCUGGAAGGCUGGGAGCGGGAAUUCCCUUCCCUGCGGGAGCUCCUGGACGUGCUCAAGGGCUGCACCCUCCGCUCCGGGGAGGAAAACUUCACGGUCAGGAGGUGCUGCCCCCCCAAACCUGGAGAGAUCUCGGACCUGCUGAUCACCAGGAAGGCGAAGGACGACGGGAAGCAGAUCCUGAACCUCACCCAGCUCAGCUUCCACCAGAUCCGCAAGGACGAGAUCACUCAGCGGGCCCACCUGGGCCAGGGCACCCGGACCAACAUCUACGAGGGCGUCCUGAGCGUCUGCGGGAACUCCGGGAAUGACGACGAGGCCGAGUAUUUUUCCACGGAGCAGAACAACAACGGGCGGGAGAUGCACGUGAUCCUGAAAGUGCUGGACCCCAGCCACAGGGACAUCGCCCUGGCCUUCUUCGAGACCGCCAGCCUGAUGAGCCAGGUGUCCCACGUCCACCUGGCCUUCGUGCACGGCGUCUGCGUCCGCGGAUCCGAGAAUAUCAUGGUGGAGGAGUUCGUGGAGCACGGCCCCCUGGACGUGCUGCUGCGCAAGGAAAAGGGCCGGAUCUCCGUGGGCUGGAAAAUCGCCGUGGCCAAACAGCUGGGGAGCGCCUUGAGCUACCUGGAGGAUAAAAACCUGGUGCACGGGAACGUGUGUGCCAAGAACAUCCUGCUGGCCAGGAAAGGGCUGGAGGACGGAUCCGCUCCCUUCGUGAAGCUCAGCGAUCCCGGGAUCAGCUUCACGGUGCUCUCCCGGGAAGAGCGCGUGGACCGGAUUCCCUGGAUUGCCCCGGAAUGCGUGCGGGACGUGGGGAACCUCAGCACGGCCGCCGACAAGUGGAGCUUUGGGACGACCCUGCUGGAAAUCUGCUUCGACGCCGACGUCCCGCUGAAGGAGCGAACGCCCUCCGAGGUGCCGCUCCCGCCACUUUGGGCCCCAUCCCCCCAUUUCAGGCCCCAUCCCCCCAUUUUAGGCCCUACCUCCCUAUUUUAGGUCCUGUAUCCCCAUUUUAGGUCCUAUCCCACCAUUUUAGGCCCUAUUCCCCCAUUUAAGGCCGUAUUCUUCCAUUUUGGGCCAUGACCCGCCAUUUUAGGCCUUAUUCCACCAUUUCAGGCCAAAUCCCUGCCAUUUUGUGCCCUAUCCCGCCAUUUUGUGCCUCAUCCCGCCAUUUUGUGCCCUUCCCCACCAUUUUGUGCCCUAUCCCCCCAUUUUAGGCCGAAUCCCCGCCAUUUUGUGUCCUAUCCCGCCAUUUUAGGCCAAAUCCCUGCCAUUUUGUGCCCUAUCCCACCAUUUUGUGCCC